AUGAUUAAAUCGACUUUCAGGUUUUUUGACGUAGCAGCCAACCUCACCGACCCAACUUUUGAAGGGAUCUACCAUGGCAAGCGGAAGCACCCCGCCGACCGCCAGCAGGUCAUCGACAGAGCCCAGGCUGUCGGCUGUGACAAGUUUCUGGUGGCAGCUGGGAACCUGCCUAAUUUCGUGUCUGCCAAGGCCAUGUACCAGCCUGGAAUGUACUUCACUAUUGAAGCCGAAAUCAAGAGCUGCCCUGCAAAGCAACUUGUUGCGAUCGGAGAGUGUGGCCUGGAUUACGACAGGCUGGAGCACUCCUCGAAGGAGCAGCAGCUGGCCGUCUUCCCGCUGCACUUCGCGCUUGCAGAGAGGUACAAGCUGCCGCUCUACCUGCACAACCGCAACACCGGCAAAGACUUCUUUGAGUUGAUGGAGGCCCAUCGGUCAAGCUACUCGGGUGGGGUAUUGCACUCAUUCACAGGCACAGCUGAAGAACUGAAGCGGGCGCUGGAACUAGGUCUCUACAUCGGCCUCAACGGGUGUUCGCUCAAGACCAAGGAAAACUUGGAGGUAGUUCGGGAGGUGCCUCUGGAGCGAUUGGUGCUGGAGACGGACUGCCCUUACUGUGAGAUCCGCAAAUCGCAUGCAGGCUUUGAGUUCGUAGAAAACAGACCAGACAUGAAGAACCCUGAAAAAAGCACAGGAGAGACGCCUGUGCGGGGACGCAACGAACCCGCGCGAAUCGUGGAGGUGCUUGAGGCGGUCUCGCGCGUCAAGGCUGUGGAGCGAUAG